CCCUCUUUGUCUCCUCCGCUCUUCCCUCCCCCCCCCAAAAAAAAACCUCGCACUUUCUUCUUACGCCACUCUACCCUUCGUUCUCUUGACUCGCCUUCGACUGUUGCUGUGUUGAACCAGGCAUGCUUCGGCAGAGUACUAUCGUUCCUUUCCUUCUACUCACCCUCUUGACCCUAGUGCCUCUGUUCACACUAGCACACCCGUUCUAUAUACCCUUCUAUCGGAAACAUUCUUCAGAGGAACACCUACACCAACCCCAAGAACAAACCCCUCAGCUCCCUUUUCAAUCCCAUCGUCAUCAUAAUCAGCACUCAUUCCAAUCCUCGGGACCCGUACAGGAGGAACCGAAGAAGCAUGGCGAUUCCCUGGUCGCUGCAGUGGGUCAGGACCGCCCUGACGAAGUCCUAACACUUCGCCACAUCCUCCACCACGGUGGACGUCGAUACCCAGGACUCUUCCGCCGACUGGACCUGUCAGCGGUGGAUAUCCUUCUCAGCGAGCUCCUGACGGGUGAAUCGCUCUCGCAUCAGCUGAAGGUCAAGACGACGACGACGCUCAAACCCCGUGGCCAGGAAUUCAAAUCGUUCCGGAGUAAAGGGUUCAGGGCCAUGGGACUCUCGGACGAUCAAUCAUUCGGACCAGAAUCUUGGACAAGAGAAUUGGUCGAUGCUCCGGAUGUGGCGGACAAGGAGACGAUUGUUCAGCUGUCAAAGAUGAAUUACAAUUCUUACACGGAGGUCGCUAGCCCUGGAUGGUACGAUCUCGAGGGCAAUUGGGGUGUAAACUCGACUUUUGGAUGGGAAGAAGAUGGCGUUAGGGGACAUGUGUUUUUGUCCAAGGACAACUCAACACUCGUUAUCGCCAUCAAGGGCACUUCGGCUGCACUCCUUGGCGGCGGAGGCGGCACCGCAGCCCGAGACAAGGUCAAUGACAACCUGCUUUUCUCUUGCUGCUGUGCCAAAGUUGAUCGGACAUGGAAGGGUGUAUGCGACUGUAAUACGGGCGGCUACCAGUGCGACCAGACAUGCAUCGAGAACAGCGUCAAUUCCGACGAUGUUUACUACAAUAUGGCCAUGACGAUUUUGUGGACAGUUCAGGACAUGUAUCCCAACAGUAACAUCUGGCUGACAGGACACAGUUUGGGAGGCGGUAUCAGCGCGCUGUUGGGAUUGACGUUCGGAGUACCUACGGUGACGUUUGAGACGCCAGGGGACCGUCUGGCCGCGCAAAGACUGCAUCUGCCAUCACCUCCUGCGAUCAACUGGGAUGAUUUCCCGCUAUAUCAUGUGGGCCACACUGCAGAUCCGAUCUUUCAGGGUAUCUGCAAUGGACCGAGGAGUGCCUGCUAUUAUUCGGGAUUUGCACUCGAGAGCAAGUGCCACACGGGUAGGACAUGUGUUUACGAUCCCGUGGGCGAAGAUAACUGGAGGGUCGACAUUCGCACACACCGACUCGCGGAUACGAUCGAGGGAGUUCUUAAGGUCAAGAAUGUACCGGCUUGUAAACAGGAGGUUGGGUGUGUCGAUUGUCAGAUGUGGGAGUACUUGUAGCAUAUUAGAGACCAUAACCGUACAUAGUGCAUCUUGUAUUAUUGUAAAUGUAUUUAUCUUCUAGAACGGAC